GACAGAAGCAGACGAACUUUUGACAGCUUUUGACUAGAAGGGGGAUUCCAAAAGGACCACACAAUUUGUACAAAGAUAUGGAUGGAGAGCUAGUUUGCAACUUCAAAAAGUGUCGCAAAAGACUUAGUGGCUACGCAUGGGUGAGCUCUUGUUCUCACAUAUUCUGUGAUGAAGAUGGCACCAGAGAGUUCAACAAAGCCUACACUUGCCCUGCCUGUGAAUCGAACCUCUCUGGGAAGUUUGACAUUGUUAGAAUUGACUUGCAACCUUCCGAGCAGUACAAAUCUAUGGUCCUUGCAGGGCAGAAGCCAGAGGUUGUUAUGGAAGUCUGCACCAGGGCACUUUCCUUCUGGACUUACCAGGCUCACCAGGAAAGGACCUAUCAGGAAUUCCUUGCCAGUAAAGCCAAAGAAAAAGUGGUGCAGUUAGAACAGUAUUACGAGCAGAUCAUUGGUAGGACGCAAACUGAACUUAACACUUUGAAAACACAACUUUUAGGUGUUAAAAAGGAUCUGGAUAGCACAAAGAAAAAGUACAACGAGGUUUCUGAGAAACUUAUGGAGAGAAGCAGGCAGUAUCAAAAACUACAGUCUCUGUAUGACGGACUGAGGAGGAAGUCUAUCACCCAUUCGACCUUUGAGACAGAUGGCGGCCAGGACAACCGACCAGGACCUCACACAUUCAAGCAUCACAACCACAUCUCCGUCACGACGGGGGAGGAUUUCCUGAUGCGAAGCAAGCGUCAUCAGGAGCAUUCAGCAAUAGACUUUGGGCCUCCACAAACCAAUUCAUUGAGCGAGAAGGACUUUGUGUUUAAGCCGCAUGCUACACCCACCUUGUCCGCCUCUGACACUAACCUCUCCAGCGUACAGGACAGGUUUAACCUGGAGAUAGGGACUCCGUCAGGGAGAAGAUGACCGCCCCUCUGAAAUUAUCAGUUCUUGUAACCAAUUCCAACGCAGUUUCACAGCUUGCAUGUAUCUGCUCAGUCAAUGUGUUCAUUCGUUUUUAAUUGAUCUUGUGUAUCAUAUAUAUAUGUCAGAUGUUCACAUGGUUGUUUUAUACAUUAUCUUGUUCAGAAGUAAACAAUUAUGAAUGAGGCAUACA